UGGAAACAAAACCACCACCCUCAUGUCUUCUUGCUAAUCCCUCUCUCUCUCUCUCUUACUAUUAAUGGAAAUAAAUAUUAUGUAUUGGAGAAUGUUCUUUUAUUUUUCUGAUGAGUGAGCAGAGGUGGUGGUGUGGGUGUGGUCCCCAUUUUUGGUGAUUGAAAGGAUGAGAGAGAGAGAGAGAGAGAGAGAGAGGUGGUGAUCGAGAUUCUGGGGGUAAUGGAAUUCAGCUUUUCAAUGGUGGAAUUGAGGGUUACUGCUGGCCAACUUGGCCUUUUUAUUUUCUAGCUCUGCAUGCUGUUUCAGUAUAUCAUUUUGCACAAGUUUUGAUCUGAUAUUAGACACUCACUCUCUGUUUUGGCCUCUUCAAGCUGAAACCCAGGUUGAGUCAAUAUGUCAUCUUCAAGACCUAGCCAGUCUUCAGGCAGUUCAGGGCGAUCGAAACACAGUGCUAGAAUUAUAGCUCAGACCACCGUAGAUGCGAAGCUUCACGCAGAUUUUGAGGAGUCAGGUAGUUCAUUCAACUACUCAUCUUCAGUACUUUUUACUGGAGCAGUCACUGGAGAUCAACAACAACCUAGGUUUGACAAAGUAACAACAGCUUACCUCAAUCAAAUACAAAAAGGCAAGCUGAUCCAACCAUUUGGAUGUUUAUUAGCCCUCGAUGAGAAGACUUUCAAAGUGAUUGCCUACAGCGAGAAUGCUCCUGAAAUGCUAACAAUGGUUAAUCACACGGUUCCAAGUGUCGGAGAUCACUCAGCUCUUGGCAUUGGAACCGAUAUGAGAACCAUCUUUGCUGGCCCUAGCGCGGCUGCAUUGCAAAAGGCUCUUGGUUUGGGUGAGGUUUCAAUUUUGAAUCCCAUUUUAGUCCAUUGCAAAACUUCCGGGAAGCCUUUCUAUGCAAUUGUCCAUAGAGUAACCGGUAGUUUGAUAAUUGAUUUUGAACCCGUGAAGCCUUUUGAAGUCCCCAUGACUGCUGCCGGAGCGUUGCAAUCCUACAAGCUUGCUGCUAAGGCAAUUACUCGCUUGCAGGCUUUGCCAAGUGGCAGCAUGGAAAGGCUAUGUGAUACCAUGGUUCAGGAGGUUUUUGAACUCACUGGUUAUGACAGAGUGAUGGCUUAUAAAUUUCACGAUGAUGAUGAUCACGGUGAGGUUGUGUCUGAGAUCACAAAACCGGGCCUUGAGCCUUAUCUUGGUUUACAUUACCCAGCAACGGAUAUCCCUCAAGCUGCACGAUUUUUAUUCAUGAAGAAUAAGGUCCGUAUGAUCUGUGAUUGUCGUGCAAAACAUGUGAAGGUGCUUCAAGAUGAUAAGCUUCCAUUUGACCUAACCUUGUGCGGUUCAACCCUUAGAGCACCACAUAGUUGCCAUUUACAGUAUAUGGAGAACAUGAACUCUAUUGCUUCUUUAGUUAUGGCAGUUGUAAUCAAUGAUGGGGAUGAUGAGGGAGGAGAGAGCUCUGAUUCUUCGCAGCCACAAAAGAGAAAGAGGCUUUGGGGUUUGGUGGUUUGUCAUAAUACAACUCCAAGGUUUGUUCCCUUCCCUCUUCGUUAUGCGUGUGAGUUUCUUGCUCAAGUGUUUGCUAUCCAUGUCAACAAGGAAUUAGAGUUGGAAAAUCAGAUCGUGGAGAAGAAUAUCCUACGUACGCAAACACUAUUGUGUGACGUGCUUAUGAGCGAUGCACCACUAGGUAUUGUGUCACAGAGCCCGAAUGUAAUGGACCUCGUGAAAUGUGAUGGGGCUGCACUUGUGUACAAAAAUAAGAUUCACAAAAUGGGUAUAACUCCAACUGACUUCCAAAUUUUUGACAUCAUCUCUUGGCUCUCCAAGUACCAUACGGAUUCCACGGGUUUAAGUACAGAUAGUUUGUACGAUGCUGGUUUCCCAGGGGCUCUUGCUGUUGGUGAUGUAGUAUGUGGAAUGGCAAGUGUGAGGAUAACUUCCAACGACAUGCUCUUCUGGUUCAGGUCUCAUACUGCUGCAGAAAUUCGAUGGGGUGGUGCAAAGCAUGAACCGGGUGAGAAGGAUGAUGGUAGGAAGAUGCACCCAAGGUUGUCGUUUAAAGCUUUUCUUGAAGUUGUGAAAACGAAAAGUGUAGCUUGGAAGGACUAUGAGAUGGAUGCAAUUCACUCCUUGCAGCUUAUUUUGAGAAAUGCUUUUAAAGAUGAUCAAGCCAUGGAUGCAAGUACUGAUUCUAUCCAUAUGAGGCUCACUGAGCUCAAAAUUGAAGGGAUACAGGAACUGGAGGCAGUGACAAGUGAGAUGGUUCGUCUGAUUGAAACCGCUACAGUACCAAUCUUGGCAGUUGACGUAGAUGGGCUGGUAAAUGGAUGGAAUUUGAAAAUUGCAGAGUUAACUGGUCUUCCUGUUGACAAAGCAAUUGGGAGGCAUUUGCUCUCACUCGUGGAAGAUUCUUCAGCUGAUAUUGUGAAGAAGAUGUUAUACGCGGCAUUGCAGGGCAAAGAGGAGCAAAGUAUCCAAUUUGAGAUCAAAACACACGGAUCUAGGAGAGACUCCGGUCCCAUCAGCUUAGUUGUGAAUGCUUGUGCAAGUAGGUCCAUUGGAGAUAAUGUCGUGGGGGUCUGUUUUGUGGCACAAGACAUUACUGGCCAGAAGACCAUUAUGGACAAGUUCACCAGAAUUGAAGGUGAUUACAAGGCUAUUCUUCGGGACCCAAAUCCUUUGAUCCCUCCAAUAUUUGGCACUGAUGAAUUUGGCUGGUGUUGUGAGUGGAACCCAGCUAUGGAAAAGAUAUCCGGGUGGAACAGAGAAGACAUUAUGGAUAAAAUGCUUUUAUCUGAGGUUUUUGGGACCCACAUGGCAUGUUGUCGCCUCAAGAAUCAAGAGGCAUUUGUAAACCUUGGUAUCGUACUAAACAAUGCUAUGACGGGCCAGGAAUCAGAAAAGAUUGCUUUUGGUUUCUUUUCGCGGAGUGGGAAGUAUGUAGAGUGUAUUCUUUGUGUGAGCAAGAAGUUGGAUAGAGAGGGUGUUGUCACUGGUGUUUUUUGCUUCUUGCAACUGGCAAGUCAAGAGUUGCAACAAGCACUUCACGUUCAGCGGUUGACAGAGAAAACUGCAUUAAAUAGAUUAAAAGCAUUAUCUUAUAUUAGGAGGCAGAUCAGGAAUCCCCUCUCUGGGAUUAUAUUUUCUCGGAAAAUGAUGGAGGGAACGGAGUUGGGAGAAGGACAGACACAGCUUCUGUGUACCAGUGCCCAGUGCCAGAGUCAGAUGAAUAAAAUUCUUGAUGACACAGAUCUUGAUUCCAUCAUUGAUGGGUACUCCGAUCUUGAGAUGGUUCAGUUUACUCUUCAUGAAGUAUUGGUUGCUUCCAUUAGCCAAGUAACAAUGAAGAGCAAUGGGAAAGGUAUUAGAAUAGUAAAUAAUUUAACAGAAGAGACCAUGUCUGAAACCCUGUAUGGAGAUAGUCUGAGGCUUCAACAGGUCCUAGCCGAUUUCUUGUUAAUGUCGGUGACUUUUACACCAAAUGGAGGCCAGAUCGUUGUUGCUGCUAAUUUGACCAAAGAUCGUUUAGGACAAUCUGUUCAGCUUGUGCAUUUGGAAUUCAGGAUAACACAUGCUGGAGGUGGCAUGCCAGAGGAACUUUUGAGCCAGAUGUUUGGAGGCGAUGCAGAUGCAUCUGAGGAGGGCAUCAGCCUGCUGGUCAGCAGAAAAUUGGUGAAGCUCAUGAACGGCGACGUUCAGUAUCUGAGGGAAGCAGGAAAGUCGACUUUCAUUAUAUCUGUUGAACUUGCUGUGGCUAAUAAGCCUCGGGUUUGAAAUUUUUUUAGGGAAAAUGACUAGCAAUCUGUUCUGUACAGUCGAAGUGAAUGGGAGAGCUAAUGCUGUAGUAUACACCACUCUAAGUAGUACUCUCAUUGUGCAGUUUUCUUUUCUCUCUGUCUCAUUUGUGUUGUUUUAGAGUUGUUAUUUGUAAAUAUGUAAUUUUUAUUUCAGAUUGACAUUAAAUGUUGAGAUAUUUCAUACAUUUUCUGUUU